GGGGCGCGCGAGGCCAGGGGAGCUGGCAGCACCAUGGCGGUCGUCUUCCUCCUCCUCCUCGUCGUCGGUGUUGAGGCGCCAUUAAUGGCGGCGGGCGGAGGGUGGGGGAGCGAAGACAGGUUCAAACUGCACUGUCCUCAGGCUUCCUGCUGGCAUUACUGGAAUGGAAACUGUUAUUGCAUUGAAGCAAAUCAAAAGGGAACUUGGACGGAAGCAUUAAGGUUUUGUAAAAAAUAUAGAUAUACAGAAUUAGUAACAUUCACUAGUUCUGAGGAAAAAGACUGGAUUUUAGACUUACCUUUGGAUGAUUUUUGGAUUGGAUUGAAUAAUUUGGAAGCAACAGACCACUUUUCAUGGUCUGAAGGAACCCAAGCAAAUAUGAGCCUCCCUUGGCUUCAGCUAUCUCACCCAAUCCAGGAAAAUACUGUGUAUUGUGUGAAAAUUUCCAAACGCAGCUUGGUUGGUUUGCACUGUAAUAAAAAAGCCCACUGGAUCUGCAAACGAAAUACUGAUGUCGAUCGGUAUCAAGAGCAUGUAGGAAAAGUGCUUCUGUCACCACCAGGCUCUCCAUCUCAAGUACAUGCAGAUUUAAUUUCUGCGAAGGUAGCAUGUUUGGAGCUUAGGGAACAGUGUACAGGAAUCAGUGUCUGGAAUAAAGCCUAUGCACUUGCCAGAGGAACUGUCUUGAUAAAAAGUGAGGAGCGCCAGUCUGCAGCAUAUGUCAAAUCAGAUUGCUCCUUUGGCUACUUUGGAGUAAAUUGUUCCUCUGUUUGCAAUAGAUGCUAUGGUGAUGAACUGUGCAAUCCUUACACAGGAACUUGUGAAAACUUUCAUUCAUGCAGAGCUCAGGACUCACCUGCUGUUUGUGAGCAAGCUUUGCACAGUGAAUGGUGUCCACAUUUUCCUGGCUGGAAAUACUGGAGAGGCAACUGUUAUUACUUCAGUACUGAGCCUAAAGCCAGCUGGAUAGAUGCUCGGAAACAGUGUAGAAGAUUCAGAAGUACAGACCUCUUAUGGAUUGAGAGCCAAAGUGAAAUGGACUGGAUAUUCUCUUCCAAUUCAUCUGAUAUUUUGUGGACUGGAUUGAACAGCAGGAAACAAAACUCUAUAUGGGUUUGGUCAAAUAUAAAAUCUGCAGCUAAAGAAUUAAACUGGCUAAGACUUAGUGGAAGCCAGUUUGGAAGAUGUGUAAGCCUUGAUUCAGCUAACCAUACUGCUCUGAGGCUUGAAUGCGAUAAAAAACACAAAUGGAUUUGUAAGAGGCAAGAGUUGGAAGACCUUUUUGAUGUCUAUACUGAUCAAUUUUUGUCAGGACCUCUAGACCCAAUGUUUUAUACAUCUCUUUCUAAUGCUGUAAUGGACUGCUUAAGUAAUUCAAACUGCACUGGGAUAGUGCAGGAUUACCAGUACUUCAGAAGAACAACAGGCAUUAAUACAAUUAUUACUUAUGAUGAAACUGCAACUUCAUAUGUAAGACGAGAAUGCUCUUUUGGUUACUAUGGUUAUAACUGUGCCUCGUAUUGUAAGAAAUGUUAUGGAGGAUUCAGAUGUAGUUCAGUCACUGGCCAGUGCCCUGAAAGGAUGUACUGUAUUGGUCGAUUCAAAGGUGAAAUGUGUGAAUUAGGCAUCAGGCAUCCAAAAUGUCCUCACAAUGCCCCAUGGUGGUAUUAUGAUGGACAUUGUUACUAUUUUGAAAAGGAAAUGAAGGGGCCACAUGCAUGGGCAAAUCUACAGUGUUCCUAUUAUAAAGAUGGUAAACUUGCUAGGAUUGACGGUGCAAAAGAGAAGGACUGGCUUGGUGAUAUGUUGGAAACUGAGAGCUGGAUUGGUUUGCUGAAAGGAGGAAGUGCAUGGAAAUGGAGUGGUGACAGUAAUGAUAUUGACCCCACAAAAUACACUUGGCUAUGGGAUUUUCCUUUGACAGCAAAUGGAUGUGCUCUGAUGGUGGGAAAAGGAAGACUUCAAGCAUUGCCUUGCAGGGAACAUUAUUCCUAUAUUUGUGAGAAAGAAAUAGCUGGUCUUGACCUUUUCAUUGAUUAUCCUGGGAAGAUAUUGCUUGCUGUUUAUCCACUGGCUAUGUAUAAAAAUCUUGAUGAAGCAAGAUUCAAUUGUUUAUUAAGAGAGAACUGUACUGGAAUAAGUAGUUGGCCAAAUGCACAUUUUCUUGUCAGAGGAAUGGAAAUGGUGUCAGGUGCAGCUCAUCACAUUUUUCGCCUAAAAACAAGUUGUUCACCAGGACGUCAUGGACAUCUGUGUAGUGAACAAUGCCCAAUGUGCAGAGAUAAUCUACGUUGUAAUAUGUUGACUGGCUUCUGUGAUGAGAAAGCAACAUGUGUGGACCAGACAUCUAUAGAAAGUUGUUCAAGAAGCACUGUCAGUGAAAGAUGCCCAGAUAUGAAAAAAUGGCGCUACUGGAACAAGCAUUGCUACUAUUUUUCAAGUAAACUUGGCAGAAAUUGGCAAGAGGCAAAUUCUUCUUGCAGUCGGUUUAGAGCAGCUGAACUUCUGUGGUUUGUCGAAGAAGAUGAUUUGAAGUGGAUAACAAUGUUUUUCAAAGACCCAAUAUGGUUAGGACUGCAAGACAUGGACCGUGAUGACAUCUGGACUUGGUCUCAUGGAGACACUGCAGCAAGUGCAUUGGCAUGGAUGAAUCUCCCCGUGGGGCGCAGGUGGCGAAGAUGUACUGAUAUGACAAACACAGGUGUUAUCAAUAAAAUUUCCUGUAAAAAAGAGAGAAGUUGGGUGUGCAAAAAACUAGCUGAACGAGACCUUGAUGUAUAUACAGGCUUUUGGGAUUCAGUAGUGAUAUCAGAAAAAAGAGCUUUAUCAGCAAAUUAUACUCACAAUGGAGCAAGGGAUGAGUGCAUUAAACAGGCAUCUGCAUGUCAUGGCUAUGGAUUAUGGCAAAAUGGCUAUUUCCUACUAAAUGGUCCUGUAUUAGUUGGUGGAGGCUUUGGUCCAAGCGUAACAUUUUUAAAAUCAGCCUGUGAUUAUGGAUAUUAUGGCUCAGAGUGUGAAUCUGGUUGCCCACGCUGUCAUUGGGACAAACCAUGCCAUCCCAUAACUGGAACAUGUGAAGGUCCUGUUGUUUGUGCUGCACCUCAGGAUGUGGGUAGAUGUUCUCUUGGUCUGUAUAAUUUAAAAUGCUCUCUUGGUCCUGGCUGGUGGUAUUGGCAAGGAAAAUGUUAUUUGAUAGAAAAAAACAGAAAAGUGACCUGGAAGGAUGCUCAGGAGCUAUGCAAACGUUUUAAAGAAACAAAGCUACUCCAGUUGGAAGAUCCUACAGAAAAGGCAUGGCUGAGACAGAUGAUAACUGAACAGAUGUGGAUAGGAAUGCAAUGGCAUUCACAGAAAAAAGAGUGGCAAUGGGGUGAUGGAACAGCAGUAAAUACUAAAGUUUAUUGGUUAACGAUUCAAGGACCUAAAGAUGAUAGCUGUGGCACGAUUCUCAAUAAUAUGUUAUACUUCAAAUCAGCAAAGUGCAACCAAAAAUUAUACUUUAUAUGUGAAAGAAAAGAAUAUGUGAACAUAUUCCAGGAGUACAAGGGCCACAUAAUACCACAAAGACAAAAGACUUUGCCCAAAUUGUUCUAUAUUUUGGGAUUAGCUCAAGAAGAUUGCAUUUUUGAGCGAACUACAUGUACUGGUGUAGUCUUUUCACAGGGGCAAUAUUAUAUGGUCAGUGGAAAGAAGGUAUUCAGAAGCCUCAAUGCAGAAGAUAGAUUGUAUUUGAAGUCAGUUUGUAAUCCUGGAUUUUAUGGCACAAAUUGUCAGUUCCAUUGUCAGCACUGUACCAAUAACCUUCCUUGCCAUGCUGUUACUGGAGAAUGUGUGGGCACUGGCCUAACAAAGUGUGGUUUAGAUUCUCCAGAUCCAAAGUGCAUUGAAGAAGUUUCCAUAGACCCAUGUCCAAAGAAGCCUAAGUGGUACUAUUAUUCAAAAUCAUGUUACUAUGUGGAAGAUUCAAAAAUUGACACAUGGGCCAAUGCCAGAAUUGCUUGUCAAGGAUAUAAAGGAACAGACCUAGUUAUAAUUACAAACAGCCAUGAAAAGGUAUGA